UCUCAAUUUCUCAAUAACACACAACAAUCAUACACACAUAAAACUCCUUUUCUCAGCUUUCUUCCUCUCUCAGACAAAAAAAAAAAAAAGAAAACAAAAAGAAGAAGACGGCAAAAGAACAAGAAAGAAGUGUUACUGCCAUUGAAGUUGCCAUUGCCGGAGAAUAGUCACGAGUUUCUUCAACAAAUCUGCACCACCAGAAUUCAAAGGCUAUUAAGCUAGUUAAGCCAAGCUGGUAACAAGAAAGAUGAAGUUGAGUCAGAAACUGCAUUCAGAAGAGCUUUGGCAAUUGACUUGUUCCAAGGUAGAGUUUUAUAAUUAAAGAUGGAAAUCAGGACCAUAAAAGGAAGCUCUUCUCCACACCGACCUAAAUGGAGGAAAAUUGCUUAUGGAGGGAUGCAACCUGGGUUUGAGGACAAUCACACUGAUGAGUCCUUUUUAGAAGAUAUGAUCAUGAAUGCUAAUGUUGUCAGAAGGAACUUCUUAAGGGUGAUGCUAGAUUCAGUUUCCAUCUCGGAGUAUCUGUGCAUUGUUGCUCUUGUGGUCUUGGUUUGGACCUAUACACUUAGAUCUACAUUUGCUGAAGAUUCUCUUUUGCUUCUUGAUGUUAGCCUUCUUGGGUUAGGUUUCUUCAUUCUUCUGUUGACUGCAGAAAUGCUAUCUUUUAAUCUUCUUCUUAGUUAUUUACUUAAGAUCUCCUUCUUUAUAACAGGUUUAUAUCUUUUGUCUCCUAUUUACCAAACCCUCACCCGCUCUAUUAGUUCAGAUUCCAUAUGGGCUCUAACAGCUGCACUUAUCAUACUUCAUCUCUUCCUCCAUGACUACUCAGGACCCACAGUAAAAGCUCCAGGGACUGUGGAAAAUCCCACCUUUACAAGCAACAUCUCUUUAAAUGCUUCUAUUGUGGCGUCUCUCUUGAUUGCUUCACGCCUUCCAUCAAGACUUCAUGUCUUUGCCAUUGUGCUCUUCUCCUUGCAAGUUUUUUUGUUUGCUCCACUAGUCACAUAUUGCGUAAGGAAGUAUUCUUUCCGGUUACAUCUCUUUCUUUCCUUUAGUUUAAUGUGUCUGACAUUGUUUUUUAUUCAUAGUUUGCACAGGUUGCUUUUUGUGCUAUUCUUUGUCAUUUUGGCUUUCGUUAAUGUGGUCUGUCCUUAUUGGCUGAUUAGAAUUCAGAAGUACAAAUUUGAGAUCAAUGGUCCUUGGGAUGAAGCUAAACUUUGCUUUAACAUUACAGAAUAACAAUUUUUUGUAACUUUUGAGGAUGUUUUGAGAAUGAUGAAUCCUGAAGAUCAAUUGUACUGUCUUUUGUUGAUUGUGGUAAUUUAAAUUCUCUUUAUGUGGCUCAUUGUAAACAGGCUUCUGAUGCCUGAAUUUAAGGUUGUUGGGAAAUGUUGAAUUAAUUACAAAAGCAAAAAAAUCAUUCUA